UCACUCCUUGUCUUUGAACUCAGAUGUUAGCAAACAGUCUUGAAGUUUUCUUCAUGAAACCCUGCUUCAGAUCACUGUACUAAACGAUGGGCUGUGUGUGAGCCACCUAGUGGCCUGUUCUCCAUCACCUGGCAAGUUAACUGUCCUGUAUCCAAUGAAAAGUCUGCUAAGCUCCUCCCACCAAUGUCUGCCUCUGUACUGAUCCUGUCUCCAUCUGCCCCAGAAGUCCUUCUGCUUAUCCUCUGAGAAAAUCACAAUGAUAAGCAGCUUUAAUUAAGCAAAUAAGUAAGUCAGGAAGUAUUCCACAGGCAGCAUGGAGAAUAACCGGUACGAAGAAGACAUCCUAAUGCUGAGCUGCACAUCAGUGAGAGACAUGACUGACAGCUAGGAUGGCCUCCAGGAGCAAAGUGAGCAGCUCAUCUUUAGAUGUCUCUAUUACAGCUUAAAGAUGCUAAUGGUUUUGUCCGCCUUGGCCUUGGGUCAAAGAGUCACAGUUUUCCCUGCCCAGUGCUGGAGUUAACAUUUUUAUAGGGGCCUAACCCCUGAUCACUUAAUGAGUUCCCAACUCCUUUGAAAUGCUCUUUUUGUUUAAAAACAGGUAUUUAUUUUUGAAAUUUUCAUUUGCACAUAUGAUGUGUCUUGAUCAUAUUUACGUCUUAUUCCCCUCUCCAACACCCAUCUCAACACAACUUCCAAUAGGUGACUACUAUUUCUCUAUUUGUCUCCACUUUCAGUACCACUACUUUGCUUUUAUUUCUUUUUUUUUUUCUUCUGUAAGACUACCAUUUUUAGUCCUGUAAAAUUUUGCAAUAGUGCAUUUUUCUCCUAUGGGACAAAACAUAAUUUUAAUAACAGUAAUCACCAAUAGCAAUAAAACUACCUACAUCACCAAUCCCAUCUUCAGCUCCUGCUCUGCAACCCUUUGUAUGGAUGACCUGAAAUGUCUACACGUUAUAGUAUCUUUUUCUUUCAUGUUCCAUGUCAUUUUCCAGCAUUGACAAUACACCUUUUGUUCCUGCCACUUGGUUAGCAAACUCAUGUCGACUCAGAUGCCACCUUCUUUGUCAAACUGCCUGCCCUUCUCCACCCUAUGGUGGUUUUAUACAGUGAAUAUGAACUAUAAUGUCAGAAAGGUCAUGUGUCCAAAUUUCACUCUCCCAUGUGAUGUUUAAUUCAAUAUUUUGGAAGUGCCUGAGUGAAAGCUCAGAACUUGUUUAUUCUUUCUGUUAGGGCCCUUGCUGGAAUCACAGUGACCGGGCAACUUGGAACCCAGCUUCGCAGAAAUGAAACUAAAGGGAUUAUUGUGCAAUCUUACCUUGAAAGUUUGAACUACCUCAGUUUUGCUGCCAAAAUGUCAGGUUUCACUGUUGACUUGAUUUCAAAAUUCAAAUGUUCUGAGAUAACACCAGUAAGUUCUGUGCAAUAUCUGGGUGCCUUGACACACAGUCUGAGAAACAUCAAAUUAGAAUCUGCCUAGGGAAGUGCAUAGAAGAGACAUAAACCAAGAAUUUAAACUUUUAAGAUUCUGACUCCAUACCUUGUUAUUGAACCCUUUUUAAAGGUGUUUCUUCUAAGGUAGUUUUCCUACCAAAGUUUUUUUAUUAGGGUCCAGUAAGGAAAAUGUGACCCACUUGAAGUGUUUAAAAGAGUACAUUUAAUUAGAGGAUUACAUUGGCGAUAAAGAGCAGAGAUAGUGAGGCUGUCCAGAUAUGAGCAGAAUCAAGGAGCCAGGGUUUCUCCUACGGUUGCAGAUUAGCUAUGGGGAGUUGAGCAAACCCAGCAGUCCAUUGUACCUGAUAGAAGGUAGGUUCACAGUGGACAUGCAAUCAAUGCCAAAAAUACCUCUUGGGAUGAAGAAAACAUACUUGGAUCAUACUUGUUUUCCCUUUCUUCCUGGCUUUUCACUAUUGCUUGCUGUUGACAAAAUAUACCUAGAAUCCAGAGAACAAGGGAGCCUGGGAAAUGUAGUCCCAUAAGAUGUAGGCAAAGUAGGCAGUGACUGGCACCAAACAUAGACUUUAUGUAUUUCGUUCAUUCAACCUGUAUGUAUUAGCAAAUAUUUUAGGGGACCUAAGAGGUGCCUGGCUACAUGCUGGGGAUGCUAUAAAUCAACCUGAUCUCUCCUGAAGACCAAGGCUACUUAAAGGAUAUAAUUAAGGAAAUAACAAAGGCUAUAACAAACACUAAACUAUCUCAUUUGAAAAGGUACUGAUCGAAAUGAGCUAGUCCAGGGAUUAUGUGACAGUUAAUAAUUUGGGUGAAGGGUGAGAGCUCCCCUCGCCAUGCUGUUUUAGAUCUAGUUAAUUUGUCUUUUAAGCUGUGUGUAGAAAAUAUGAGUUCAGGAAAAGGGAAUAUCCAGAUCUAUAGAAAGUUUAUAGAAAUUAUUAGGUUAUUUACAUUUUUAUUUAGUCUCUGUAUAGGAGACUUUAUGAUUUGAAAACUAUGGAAGCAUUGUGUACAAUUGUGUGUGUUGCAGAGAGAGAGAGAGAGAGAGAGAGAGAGAGAGAGAGAGAGAGAGAGAGAGAGGUCUUUAACCAGCAUUCCAAGGAUCCAGAGGUCUCACAACAGUUAAUCUCGGUCAUGCUUCCAAGGGCCAACACCCCCUUUGCUUCUCAUCAUAACUUGUGAUCUUGGAGGCAUGAAAGAAUUCCAGCCCCUCCUCCAGCCUGCCCAUCUCUGCUCAAACAGGCUCCAUGUCAGAUGCAGUUUGGAGCACAGAGCUGAGGACCACGCAGGAAAGUUAUUCUCUCUGUGGUCAUGAGUGGCAGCAAUGGACGGACUGACACCCAUACCUAUCAAUCACUAUCGGAGGAUGGCCCCUUUGGCCCUGUGGAGCAGCCCAAGAGAUCCACGGGAAGACUCGUCAUGCACAGCAUGGCCAUGUUUGGCCGGGAAUUUUGCUACGCAGUGGAGGCAGCUUAUGUGACUCCCGUUCUACUCAGCUUGGGCCUGCCCAAGAGUUUGUACAGCAUGGUGUGGCUCCUCAGCCCCACCUUGGGAUUCCUGCUGCAGCCUGUGGUGGGAUCAGUCAGCGAUCACUGCAGGGCCAGGUGGGGCCGCCGGAGACCCUACAUCCUGACACUGGGCAUCAUGAUGCUCUUGGGGAUGGCCCUGUACCUCAAUGGAGAUGCUGUUGUAUCAGCUUUGGUUGCAGACCCAAGGACGAAGCUGGUGUGGGCCGUAACUAUCACCAUGAUAGGUGUGGUUCUCUUCGAUUUUUCUGCUGACUUCAUUGAUGGGCCUAUCAAAGCCUACUUGUUUGACGUCUGCUCCCACCAGGACAAGGAGAAGGGCCUCCACUACCAUGCCCUCUUCACUGGUUUUGGCGGUACCCUUGGCUACCUUUUGGGUGCCAUAGACUGGGUGCAUCUGGAACUGGGAAGGCUGCUGGGCUCCGAGUACCAGGUCAUGUUCUUCUUCUCUGGCCUGGUAUUCACUUUGUGCUUUAUUACUCAUCUGUGCAGUAUCCCUGAAGCCCCGCUCAGAGAUGGUGCACAAGACCCUCCCUCAUGGCAGGUCCCUCAGGGCUCUUCCUUGUCGGCAGAUGGGAUGCAGGAAUAUGGUUCUAUUGAGAAAGUUAAACACAGUGAUGCAGAAACAGAGCUGAUAACGCAGGGAAGGGCAAACAAAAAAGUUCCUGAACAGAGACAGAGGGCAAUGUCGAUGAAGUCACUUCUGAGGGCAUUAGUGAACAUGCCUUCCCAUUAUCGCUGCCUUUGCAUUAGCCACCUCAUUGGAUGGACUGCCUUCCUGUCAAACAUGCUCUUCUUCACAGAUUUCAUGGGACAGAUUGUGUACCAUGGGGAUCCCUACAGUUCACACAAUUCCACAGAAUUUCUCAUCUAUGAAAGAGGAGUUGAAGUUGGAUGUUGGGGCUUGUGCAUCAACUCUCUGUUUUCUUCACUUUAUUCUUACUUUCAGAAAGCUUUGGUUUCCUACAUUGGAUUAAAAGGCCUUUAUUUCAUGGGAUAUUUGCUCUUUGGCCUGGGCACAGGAUUCAUAGGACUCUUCCCGAAUGUCUACUCUACCCUGGUCCUCUGUUCUAUGUUUGGUGUGAUGUCCAGCACAUUGUACACUGUGCCCUUUAACCUCAUUGCUGAGUACCACCGUGAGGAGGAAAAGGAGAAGCAACAGGGAGCCCCAGGAGUCCCUGACAACAGUGGGAGAGGCAAAGGUGUGGACUGUGCUGCACUCACCUGCAUGGUGCAGCUGGCUCAGAUCUUGGUUGGAGGUGGCCUGGGCUUCCUGGUCAACAUGGCUGGGAGUGUCAUCGUGGUGGUGAUGACAGCCUCUGCUGUGGCACUGAUAGGCUGCUGCUUUGUGGCUCUCUUUGUUAGAUAUGUAGAUUAGGUUUAUAAAGAAACAUGGACCCAAACCUCAAACAAAUGACUUGGGAACUGUAUACCCCAUAUUGGAAUCUCACCUUGUGUGCACGCCUGAGAAAACGUGUGUGUGGUAGGAUUGCCUGCCCCACUGCCUCUUCCUUACCACCGCCCCUCAGUGUAGGGACGGAAAAGUCAGCUUCAGCUUCUCAAGGGGUCUUUCAGGCCUUGAUAACAUCUGAAGCUCAAAUCAAUCCUACCCAUGAUGCUUAUAAUGUAAUUUUUACAAAAGCAGUCCAUAGAUCAUUGGGAAAUCACAUAUUUCAUCAACACAGAAAUACUUAAAAUAUUGCCGAUCGUUUUAUGGUGUUGAUUUAUUCAAAUUUAAAUUUGCUCACAAUUAAUUCCUGUGAAUGUAUGAUAUUCUUAACAAAUGUGCUUUGAAGGUCUCAUUCUGAAAGCUGUGCAACUUAAAGAGUGUUCAUUUGUUCCAUUG